ACACUAAGAGAUCUGUGGUUCGUAGCCACUGCCAUUAUUGGAACCCCGGGCGAGGCGGCGGGUCGCGGGUACACCACUACGGCGUCCCUUUCAUUAUGUCCUAAUUUCUACCCACCUGCUAUUCCUGCAUCUCAGGUCUCAGUGUAUCCUGGCACGAGACCAAGAUGUCCAAGAGAGCCCUGGAGGAAGCGGGCUCCAGUGCCCCACCCCCACCCAAAAAUCUCAAGGUGCAGUUUGAGCCCAUUCAGUUGGGCUCCAUCUCCACCUUGGAUGAGAUGGAUAUGAAGACACUCCGCUUCCAGAAUCACAAGCUGUAUCAGCGCUUGGAGCAAAGGAAAAGAAUUGAGGAUGACUUGAGGGGUCGCAUUGAGCAGCUGGAGAAGAGGCAGACUCAGAGCGAUGAUGUUCUCACUGUCAUCAACCGCUACUGGAACCAGUUUAAUGAGGACAUCCGUCUCAUGCUGCAGCGCUUUGAUGCAGAAACUGCAGAUGAGUCAGAGACCAAGAAUGAGAGUGAGGCAACUACCUCCUUCCUAACGCAGCUCUCCACCUGGGAUCGCGAAGAACUGGAUGAGAAACUGGUGAACCGUGUGCAGGUAUCUAAACGUGCCGUAGCCAAGAUAGUUCAAGCCUUUGACCGCCUCCACCAGAGGAAUGAGAAGGUGGCACGUGCCCUCAAGGGAGAGGGUCUGGAAGGAGAGGCACCACCACCUUUAGAAGAGGGUGUGAGAGGGAGCUGAAUCAAGAACUGCAAGCAAGAGAACAAAAACCUGCAUGCCCAGAACCUCUCCUUCCAUGAGCGCCAUCAUCUCAUGUGUCUUAAGGUGGCAGAGUUGGAGGAGAAGCUUCAGGCAAUGGACACAGAAAAAGCAGAGAUGCAGAACCGGAUAGAGGAUAUGGAGUAUGACUUGAGCCGAACACGAUCACGCUGUGAGAAGGUGGAGAGCCACUUGGCGGAGACGUGUCAGAAGUUGAAAGCAAUACAGGACGAGAGUGGCACCACUCAGCCAGGAGCCAAGGCUGGGGAUAUGGCACCUGGCAAGAUCAGCACUGCCAUCUCCUCCAAAAAGAUGGAGGAGCUGAACAGUGAGCUGGAGGAGAUGCGGGAGCUGAGUGCUAAGCGACUUGAUGAACUGGAGAAGAAGACCAAUGAACACAAAGAGGCACUGAAGGAAGUGGAACGGCUCAAGAUGGAUUUACGCCAGCUACCAGAAAGUGUAAUAGUGGAGACGACCGAGUACAAGUGCCUUCAGUCCCAGUUCUCAGUGCUGUACAAUGACUCCAUGCAGCUCAAGACCCAACUGGAGGAGACCCGUCACCAACUACAGACCAGCAAGAAUACCCACCUACGACAAAUUGAACAAAUGGAGAGUGAGGAACUAACCAUUCAAAAGAAGUUGCGUGCUGAGGUGAUCCAGCUGGAGGACAUGCAGGCUCAGGUGCGCAAGGAGUAUGAGAUGUUAAGGAUUGAGUUUGAACAGAACCUGGCAGCCAAUGAGCAGACAGGACCCAUCAAUCGAGAGAUGCGCCACCUCAUCACCUCCCUGCAGAAUCACAUCACGCAGCUUAAGGGUGAGAUCCACCGGUACAAACGCAAAUACAAGGAGGCAGCGGCUGAGGGGAUCAAGCUUAAGAGAGAAGUGGAGGACCUGCACCAGAAGUUGGCAGCCAGACAGAGAAGUGCUAGUGUCAGUGAGCGUCAGGACAGUGUGAGCAGCGACCGUGGUGAUGGGAGCAAGGAGCAGAUGGUGAAGGAGGAAGGAAGUGAGUCAUGUGAUUCUUCAGGGCCCCCAACAUCUACCCAGCAGUCCUCCACUCCAGCAGGAGGGGGAGGAGCUGGAGGGGAAGACAAGGCAUCAGAGGGAGCAGAUGUGAAAAAGGAAGAGGGAGAUGAGGAAGCGAAGGAUAAUGAAGAGGGAGGAGAGAAAAAGGAUGAUAAGAUCAAGAAGGAAGUGAAGAAGGAGGGCAAGGACGGGAAGGAAGGAGGAAGUGGGAAGCAGGGAGGAGCUGCUCCGCCUGCGAAGGACUCAAGAGAGAGUGAAAUCAUCCGUAACUUAAAGUCUGAACACAAGAAGGCUGUGAAUGAUUAUCGGGAGCUAAAGUUGCUGCUGGACAUGUACAAGGGUGUUGGUAAGGAGCAGAGGGACAAGGUGCAGCUAAUGGCUGCUGAGAAGAAGGCACGGCAGGAGGUGGAGGAGCUCAAGGCACAGGUCAAAAAGCUGCAGGAAAGCAAACGGGAGGAGAGGAAGAAGCUUGCUGAUGAGGAGGCCAUCCGGAAGAUCAAGCAGUUGGAGGAGUCUGUGCACCAGCUGCAGAGACAGGUGGCUGUGCAGAAGCAGAGGGCUCCUCAAUACCUGCAGGAGGAAGAAACCUUACUCAAUGAGAUGGAGGUGACUGGGCAGGCCUUUGAGGACAUGCAGGAGCAGAACAUCCGCCUCAUCCAGCAGCUGCGGGAGAAGGAUGACGCCAACUUCAAGCUCAUGUCAGAACGGAUCAAGUCCAACCAGAUCCACCAGCUAGCCAAUGAGGAGCGGAAUGUACUACAGGAACAGACCAACACACUCACCACACAAGUGGAGGCCCAGAACCAAGUAGUAAGAAAGCUGGAGGAGAAGGAGCGGCUGCUACAGAACAAUCUUACCACCGUGGAGAAGGAACUUAGCCUCCGCCAGCAGGCCCUUGAGAUGCACAAGCGCAAGGCCAUUGAGUCAGCCCAGUCAGCAGCUGACCUUAAGCUGCAUUUGGAAAAAUAUCAUGCCCAAAUGAAGGAGGCACAGCAAGUGGUGGCAGAGAAGACCAUGGCACUGGAGCAGGAAGCCUUCAAGUACAGAAGAAUCCAGGAGGAAGUAGCCAGCUUGAGACGGAAGGUUGAAAGAGCCAAGAAGUUUGAGAUGGUGGAUCGAGCAGAUGAAGUGUUAAUGGAAGAGAUCAGGGAUUACAAAGAUACUCUUACGUGUCCAUCUUGCAAGGUCAAAAGAAAGGAUGCCGUGCUAGUUAAGUGCUUCCAUGUAUUCUGCUUUGACUGCCUACGGACACGAUAUGAGACCAGACAGAGGAAGUGUCCCAAGUGUAAUGCAGCCUUUGGGGCCAACGACUACCAUCGUCUCUACCUCACCUAGACAAGGCGAGGACCUGGGUAGGGUGGGGCGGGGCAGGCCAGGGUGGGGCGGGUUGGGUUACGGUGGACAGAAUUAGGGGUUUUAAUUGUUGACUUCCACUGGGUGACAAUUGUGAUUGGCUUUUGUACUACUAGAUCUUACUUUUCAUGGACAAAUGUUUCUCAAAAAAUAAUAAUAUCUAUUAUUUAUCUCUUGUUGAACCAUUUUUGUUUAUCCUUGCAAGAAAAUCUUGUCAUGGUGUAUACAUGUGUAUUCAUCUUGCAGUGAGAGUCGUCCUAUUUAUCUUUCAUUCUUAUGGUCAUUUCAUUCCUUUACUACAACCUCACCAACCUGUUGAGGUGUGCAGCACGUCUUGUUAUACCUCAGCCAACCUGUUCAACAUAAGCAGUACAGCAUUAUCAAUUCAGUUGUUAAUUAAUAAGCACCUUUAACACAAUCCACUUUGACUGGUGUUGCUCUCAUUUUAUCGUUCUGAUUACACCACAUAUAGCACUUAAUUUUCUUCAGAUUAAAUUAUUGGGCACAAUAAAAUUUAUUACAACAUAGUUUGUUGCACAGAGUCUGAACAAUUUCAAGACUUGCACCAACCUUUGUUGUUUUGACAGCUCUUCAUUUUCAUUAAAGAUGAUGAUCAUAAUAACAAGUUAUGAAGUAAUUUUUUUUUUCUCACAAAUUAAAUUAACUAAAUUAAAUGCGAAUCAAAACAGCAGUUAUGCAAAAAAGUUACUUGGGACACCUAUAUAAAACAUAAUAAGUCAAUUGUUCAAGUAUUUUAUGGAUAAUUAUAAAAAAAAAAGGUAUCCUAAUCUUCUGUAUUUACAGUUGGCCUCAAAGGUAACUGAAUUUUACUAUCCAGCACACAGUAACAUUUAAGAUUACUGUUUACUUUGUGCAUCAUCAUCAUAAUCAUCAUCAUCAUCAUCAUCAUCAUCACCAUCAUCAUCAGUCCAUCACCAUGAGAUAUUCAAGUUCAAGAAGGAACAUUCCAGCCAAAGAAAUAAAUCACCAAGUAAAAUGGGCCACAUCAUCAUACUCCCAUUCUUUAUGUGUGCUAACAACACAGUCUCAAGGUUUGUUUUGUAUUCUUUCUCUCUUCUGUAUUCUAUCUAUGGAUGAUGCUGGGCUGGAGACUGGGAUUCAGAGAUACAGUGUUGAUUUGCAUCUUGGAGGCAGUUGGGUUUCUGUGGAUGAGUGUUCACUGGCACAGAAUUCAGGUCAGCUGUGGGGAGCACUCUGUAGCCUCAUCUGGGGCUCUCAGGGAUGCUUUAAUCCCAAUGAUACUCCCAUUUGACUUUAAUUCCUAGACUGCAAAGGCAUCCUUAGAAUAAUAAUAAUCUAUUGGUGCCCUGCUCUUAGUGGACCUGAGUCACUUAAUUUGGGUUCAGGGACCUAAGGUUUAGUCCAACUGAUCAUAAAGCUCCACACGUUGCUAUAUGGUCAAAACGUAAAUUCUUAUCAUGUGGGCUUGCUGUGAUCACAAUUAUCCAUGAUUAUUUCCCAAGAGUCCUCUUGUGAAGCAAUUGCUGUUACCCUAUGAAACCCAACCAGUUAAGGAUACACUAUGUCAGACAAGUGUGUGUGUGUAUGAAAUAGGAUUCUCAGCUUCAACCUCUUGUAGUGAUAAAAGCUGUUUACAUAAUGAUGGAGACUGUCAAUUACACCAUUUUUAUAUACAAAUUGAUAUUUAUAAAAAUGUCUAUUCAAACUAGAACAAUGUAAACCAAUGCAGUUUUUUUUAAGUCAAUUAUAAUAAACUGAGUAUUUCCGGUGAAA